CUGAUCACUCGUAUUGCUCCUGGCUGCACCUGAACCUGAGCUGACCUACUCUGCCCCUGUCGCUCGAAUACAACGAUUCUCUUCGUCUUCUCUUCUCUUGCCUCCCGUCUCUUGUCGGUGUCGAAUCGUGUUUUUAGUGUUUAGUGUAGCCCGCCUAGUGGACUCGCUGAUAGCGAUAAGUGGCAUCCCCGCUGUUACGUGCCAGCAUCCUCCGCCAUCGAGCUACGAGAUAACUCUCGCAACAUGGCUGCUGCCAAUCUCUCGCGAGAUCCGGCUGCAAAGCCCAGUCCUCUCCAGCUUCCCCAUCCUCCACCGCUCCUGCACACACGCGCCAGCUACGACGGCUACGACCGCCCCUCGACGCCGACGCAGAGCCAACAUGACUUCACGAGCCCUGUCCAGACGCCCACGGGCAGUCCCAGCAAGAACAAAGUGCCCCCUGGAGCCUUGAAUCUACCCAGUGUGUUCGAAAAAGCGAUGAAACUGGCUCCAACAUCGCCUACAAAGCUAGCGUUCGGUACUUCUGGCUCGCCAGGAAAGGGGCUAUCAGUCCUUGAGGAUUUUAAUGAGAGCGUUUUGCAUAAAGAUAUUCAUCAGACUCCCGGCAGUCCGACACGACGGUCGAACAAGGAAAAUGCACCACCAAAUAUCUCGCGGUUGGGGAAGGAUCUUGGGCUUAAUUCUGCUGCGGCCUCGCGGUUGGAGCAGUAUCAGCAGCGUGACCCAGAUAGUUUGCGGAAACCACAAACUCAGACGACGCGUGGGCUGACCCCAGAGGAGCUCGAGAAGCUCCAGCAGCCCAAAGUCAAACGACUGGCCAAUGUGACGCAGCUCUACUUCCUCGAUCACUACUUUGACAUUCUCAGCUACGUACACAACCGACAGAAUCGGUACAACCAGUUCAAGGCCGCCUACCCUGCACCUCCCGAGACUCCAGUCGAAGAAUACGAGCCAGCCUUACAGAAGUAUCUCGGUCGCGAACGCGCCAAUUUGCGUAGACGACGUACUCGACUUUGCCAUGCCGAUUUCCAAAUCCUGACACAGGUGGGCCAAGGCGGCUAUGGACAGGUUUAUCUUGCACAAAAGAAGGACACGCGUGAGGUGUGCGCAUUGAAGAUCAUGAGCAAGAAGCUUCUUUUCAAACUCGACGAGAUCCGCCACAUCCUUACCGAGCGAGACAUUCUAACAGCAGCAAAGAGUGAAUGGCUUGUGAAGUUGCUUUAUGCUUUCCAAGACGACAGCCAGAUUUAUCUUGCUAUGGAAUACGUUCCUGGUGGCGAUUUCCGAACUCUACUUAACAACACAGGCGUGUUGCACAACCGUCAUGCACGUUUCUACGUUGCUGAAAUGUUUAGCUGUGUCGAUGCCUUGCAUAGUCUGGGAUAUAUCCAUCGAGAUCUCAAGCCAGAGAACUUUCUGAUUGACGGCACUGGGCAUGUGAAACUAACUGACUUCGGCCUGGCCGCUGGAAUGCUUAGCCCAGGAAAGAUUGAGUCUAUGCGCAUUAAGUUGGAGGAAGUCGGUAAUACAUCCGUACCGUUCGGCCGUCCAAUGGAGCAGCGUACGGCGGCAGAACGACGUGAAGGUUAUCGCUCACUGCGAGAAAGGGACGUUAACUAUGCAAACUCGAUCGUGGGAUCACCCGAUUAUAUGGCGCCAGAAGUGUUGAAGGGUCAAGAGUAUGACUUUACUGUCGAUUACUGGAGCUUGGGCUGUAUGUUGUUCGAAGCCCUGGCAGGCUACCCUCCAUUUGCUGGCGCCACUGUUGAAGAGACGUGGUCGAACUUGAAGCGGUGGCAGAAGGUCCUGCGAAAACCUCAAUAUGAGGAUCCAAACUAUUUCCUAUCUCGGCGUACUUGGGAUCUGAUUACUCGGCUCGUUGCGGCCAAGGAAACACGGUUGAAAAACAUACAGCAAGUCCAUGGCCAUGAAUACUUUGCAGAAGUCGACUUCAGCAAGUUACGUGAACGGCCGGCGCCAUUUGUGCCAGAGCUAGACUCAGAAACAGACGCUGGCUAUUUCGAUGACUUCACCAAUGAGGCGGACAUGGCGAAGUAUAAAGAAGUACACGAUAAGCAGAGAGCCCUGGAAGAAAUGGCCGAGCGCGAUGACAAGAUGAGCAAGGGAUUGUUUGUCGGCUUCACUUUCCGACAUCGCAAGCCAGCAAUCGAAGACGGCCGAAGCAGUCCCAGGAAAUCAAUCCUAUCAGAUGGCACCUUUGGAACCAUCUUCUAGAUCUUCCUUUUAGUUUCCGGUCGAAUGAGCGGGCUCUCGACUGGGACCUUUUUUUUUCUUAGCUUGACUUUACAGCAGCGAGUAUAUUUCCUUCUGUGAGUGGAUCACCAUUGUAAUUGAUUACUCUUUCAUCAGCCGAUGCAUUGGCUUUCCGCUGCGUCGGCUAUAUUUCGGCUGCUUUUCUCGCUGUAUUAUCUAACAGAUCGAGAGAUGGGACUGUUUAUUCUGUUUAGUGCUGUGUUCAUGCAUUUGUUUUGUUCUUUGUUCGUCUUUUUCUUCGUGUAUGUAUGAGUAUUAUUGAUCCUAUGAUAGAGCAACUGUGUGCAAUGCCAAAUAUUAUAUAUUUUAUUGUUGGUAAA